CCUCAGCGGACCACAAGCGUCCCGCCUUUGGCAAUCGCUUCUUAACCGACGAGCAACACGUGUUCGAGCACAAUGCUUGGGACAACGUGGAUUGGGACGCAGACCAUCUCCAUCGAGUACAGCAACAGAUCGAAGACAAUUCCCACCACAAAAUGAGUUCCGAACGACGCCAAGAACUCGAGGACCAAGCCAGUCGCCAUUGGGAUCAGUUCUACCAAAUCCACCAAAACCGAUUCUUCAAGGACCGCAAAUGGCUCUUCACCGAAUUCCCGCCCCUGGCCGCAUUAGACCAAGCCGCCGGACCGGCCUUGUCCAUGCUGGAAGUGGGCUGUGGCGUGGGCAAUACCGUCUUCCCCGUCCUCGAAAUGGUCCAGAAUGCCCGGUUCAAGUUGUACUGUUGCGAUUUCUCACCCGUAGCCAUAGACGUGCUCAAGGCCGACAAGAACUUUGAUCCCGAGCGAUGCCUGCCUUUCGUGUGUGACAUCGGAUCCAUGGCCGCCUGGCAAGCCUGCCCGAUCCCGGCCCAAUCUUUGGACGUGGUCACCAUGAUCUUUUGUUUAUCGGCCUUGGAGCCGGAGCAAAUGGGUGUGGCCCUGAGCGCCCUCUAUGACCGACUCAAGCCCGGCGGGUGUGUGCUCUUUCGGGAUUAUGGCCAGUAUGAUCUGGCCCAGGUUCGGUUCAAGCCCGGGAAAUGCCUGGCCGAUAACUUCUAUGUCCGGGGUGAUGGCACCCGGGUCUUCUUUUUCUCUCAAGACAAGGUCAAGGCCAUCUUUGAGCAGGCCGGAUUUGUGGAAAAGCAGAACCUCUCCGACAAACGCUUACAAGUCAAUCGCGGCAAACAACUCAAAAUGUACCGGGUUUGGAUUCAGGCGCAAUACGUUAAACCCCACCAAUAACCCGUGAAUCGUGAAGGUCAUGUGUGUGGGUUCUGUGUGUGGGUUCUUAUUUAUUGGGGCAUGGUCGAUUGGCGUUGGCUUAGAAUUGGGCAUUGUGGCUGAUGUUCAGAUCCUUCAGAUCCUGUUUAUGAUCUUCCAUCAUAGGUCGGGCCUCGUAGACGGUAUUGACCACACCCACUCGGUUGGAUUUGAAAAACUCGCCCUUCAAGCCUAUAUAAUAGACCUUGGUUUCAUCGUCGCCGUAAUUGGAGGGAAAAUGGAUGGUGAGAUGAUGGACAUUCGAGAAGCUGACCACUCUAUUCGAAAGUAAUAACCAUAAUUAGAAGACUAUCAAAUCAAAUAUACUUCGGAGGAACUUCUCCUCUAAGACCAUAACGACGAAGCCCGGCCUCAAUUUGUAUCAAUGUAGAUUUGGUCUGAUUUAAAGUUGACUGUUGUAAUUCACCAGGGAUUGCAGCUAGCUUAGUUUUGACAACCCCAUAAAUAUUAGCUAGGUCAAGUCCAUUAGUGCCACUUGUUAAUCACUAUCAGAAAAGGUAUGUUCACAUCAUGAAAAGGCCUACAAGUAUGCUUGUAUAAGAAAAUGAUCCCCUACGAAUGUGGUAAAGUUUGGUGAUUUUUUGGACCAGACGAAUUCAGGUACUUUGAAUUUUCAGAAUCUUCCAAUUCAGUUCAAAAUCUCAUUCGAUGUAUGACGACAUUUUUGGAACUUGCUUCGCUUUUCAAGCCCUUGUUUAACUCAUCCAUUUUUCUGUCGAGAAUACAACCAUGGCAAAGAA